UCAAAUGACAAGUCAUGUGAUCUGUAGCUGACAAAUGCAGUCAACAAGCUAUGCUUGUGCUGGUGAAAACAACUGAAAACAGACGGUCCUUCCGCGUUUGAAGACGCUCACAUCUGUUGGGGGAUCGAUCCGAUAGCUAACAUGCAGAACGCCAUUAAUUCCGUAAAAGGCACGGCCCUUGGUGUGGCCGAGUUUUUCACUCCAGUACUGAAGGAAUCCAAAUUCAAGGAGACUGGAGUUAUCACUCCAGAAGAGUUUGUAGCUGCUGGAGAUCACCUUGUUCAUCACUGCCCCACAUGGAAAUGGGUGUCUGGGGAAGAGGAGAAGGUGAAGCCAUAUUUACCCAAGGAUAAGCAGUUCCUAUUAACUCGCAAUGUUCCUUGUUACAAGCGCUGUAAACAGAUGGAGUAUUGUGAUGAACUGGAAGCCAUCAUAGAGGAGGAUGACGGCGAUGGAGGAUGGGUCGACACCUACCACAACUCAGGUGUAGGGGGAGUUACAGAAGCCGUGCGAGAAAUCUCAUUGGACAAUAAGGACAACAUGAACAUGAACGUGAACUCUGGUGCUAGUGGGAACGGUGAUGAUGAUGAGGAUGAAGGCGAGGCAGCAGAUAUGGAAGAGUAUGAGGAGAGUGGACUACUGGAAACAGAUGAGGCCACCCUGGACACCAGUAAAAUGGUGGACUUGUCUAAAUCCAAAACGGGAGAGGCUGGGAACGAUGACAUCCUGCAGACUCGAACCUAUGACCUCUACAUCACAUAUGACAAAUAUUAUCAGACUCCUCGACUCUGGCUGUUUGGAUACGAUGAGGACAGACAGCCCCUGACAGUGGAUCAGAUGUACGAGGACAUCAGCCAGGAUCAUGUGAAGAAAACGGUCACCAUCGAAAAUCACCCCCACCUACCACCCCCUGCCAUGUGCUCUGUGCAUCCCUGCAGACAUGCUGAAGUGAUGAAAAGGAUAAUCGAGACCGUGGCGGAAGGGGAGGAGAACUUGGAGUUCAUAGCAUCCUUUAAGUAUCUGUUGAUUUUCUUGAAGUUUGUCCAAGCCGUCAUCCCCACGAUAGAAUACGACUACACAAGGCACUUCACCAUGUAGCUCCAUCCUACAGAGGUGUAGGCUACUCCUACAAACAUCUUUGAGUGUAGAAGGAAUCUGUCUUCUGGCUGGCAGCAUUAGUGGGGUACGAAAUGUUGUCUCUGGGAAUGACUCUUGGAAUGUUCUGGGUACUCUGACACUCUUUCCGUGGGGAUAGGUUGAAUCGUUGGAACGCUGAGGGGUUGAUAGGUGUGUACACAUGUCGGUAAUGAUGUAAUCCCAAUGAUGUAAUGGCUUUAUGUGGUGACUGAUCUCGCAGUGUUUUUGUCUGGAAGAUUCUCACUCUGUACUUGGCAAAUGCCAUCUCUGCACUUAACAACAUUCAAAGAUAACUAUAUAUUUAUUUUACAUUAAUUCACUGACAGAUAUGCUUUCAAGUUUUCUCCAUUUGCUUUUAUAACCACACAAAUCAUUUUUUUUACCAUAGUAAUGGUGCCGCUUUAAUGUCCUCUCAAAUGCUUACCAAUUAAACAUCUUUAUAAGCGUU